UCGAAUUUUUUAAUUUUUCAAAUGAUAGGUAGAUUAUAUUGUUGAUUAUCUUGUCACUCAUACUUCCCUUGCCUUGGCGUCUGAUAUUUCCCCUUGGUUCCACCAACGGUAGUUUACCUGCAAAACAGCCUGGUGUUCCACUAUUUCCUCUGUUGAUCAGACAAGAAAGAAGAAGGGCAACAUUGAAUUGCAAUUCCAUCUUCACAAAAACGAUUGUCUGGCCUUUUGAGGUUUCAAAGACAAAACAUUUUCUCAGAAUAUCAGAGUUCGUUUCGAGAAAGCAUGGCAUUAGAGGUUCCUUCAUGGUUUUCCAAAACCUGUUCGGAUUUUGGAGCCGCGGGUUCUUCAGUUUCAUGGGCAGUAAAUGAUGUUGGAAAUUCAAAAGCAGAGAAUUUUGAAGACUGCAGGAAUGAUGUGGUUUUUUCAGUUUCAAGCGUAGAAAAUGAUUUUGGAAACUCUAAAACAGAGGAAUUUGACAAAAGUGUGCAUGAUGUAUGCACCGAAAGGAUUUCAUUCGAGAUUUCUUCAUGGUUAUUUGGAAACAAUAUAAAUUCUGGUGAUUUGGAUAAAACUAGGAAUGAUUUAGUCGGAGAAGAGAAGCAAGUUACUGGGGAGCAUGAUUAUGUUGGAGGUGCUGAUGAUUUUUGUCCUUUUAGUGAUAGUGAUUUUGAGGCUCUUCAAGCAGAGAUUUUUGUUGAAGAUAAUGCAGAUCCUUUUUUCAGGGGUAAUUGGAAGGAAGGAGAAGAUUUUAUGGUUUACUUUCUUGGCAGCAGCAAUGACAUGGAAGUUGUUUCUAUGCUGUUGGAAGUUUGUAAUUUUCUGGAUAUGUUGAAUGUGGACCCUGAUGCUAUGGAAGACGUAAUUAAACAACAGACUCAGUGCUUCCUGGACAUGCAUGAGAAAGUGAGGAAAGGAAAUGUAUAUCUUAUGAAUGCAACGUUUGUGAAGUUGCAGUUGAUUGCAGGGUUGAAAUAUUAUAGGCAUUUUAAACAUAUGUGUCGUAUUGAGCAUGAGACUGUUCUUUCUAAUCCAAAUCUUUGUUAUGAAAAUCAUGAACUUGCUAAUUUAAUUGGAUUCUUGUAUGACAAAGAACCAGAACCAGCUAGUCUGGACUAUGAGGGAUCCAAUUCAGCAUCCUGGAAGGCCUGCAAGUACUUGGCAGGUUUCCAAGGUCCGAAGAUGCUAGAAACUGACGGAGGAUUGUCUAUUUUUCUUGAAGGAAGUAGUGCUUCGCAAAGUAAAGACGCCUGUACUAAACCAGGAAAUUCACUAUCCAGAGAAAUGAAAAGAAGUAGAGAUCCUUGGCAAGAGUGCUCUGCAAGGAUGUUGUAUGACACUGGGCAUAUUAUCACACAUACUGUCUCUGAAAAUUCUUCUACAAGUACAGCACAUUAUGGAGAAGAACCUUCGGAAGCUAUUUUUUUUGCACUUGCUUACCUCAGCCUUCCAGAUCUUCUUGCAGUUGAAAGGGUUUGCAAAUCACUGCGAGAUAAAGUUAGAAAUGAUCCACUUUUAUGGCGGCACAUACAUGUAGACAAUCCUCUCUGUAGAGGGCUCACAGAUGAUGCCCUUUUAAAUCUUGCUAAAAGGUCUCAAGGGCUUUUGCAACACUUAAGUCUAGUGCAGUGUCUGCAAAUUACACAUGAUGGAUUAAAGCAAGUACUGGCCAUCAGCCCAAAACUUACAGAGUUGUGUUUACCAUACUGCCUCAACUUCACUGGUGAGGGCAUUGUAAAUAUUGUAGAAGCACACAAGGAAUUCAGUUUUUCUGGGCUGAAACUGUUAAAGAUCAAUGGCAUUUGUAAUGUAACAAGCGAUCAUGUUGAGAAAUUGAAAUACCUAAUGGAUGGUGGUUCACAGAAGAGAUCUCAAGUUGUAAAACCACAUUUCUAUCCUUAUGGUCACCAUUAUUCAGAUGAUGACUGUUUGAUAGACGUUGAAGAGUGCCCUAAAUGUGGAAAAGCAAGGCUUGUUUAUGACUGUACAUUGGAAAGCUGCCAGGGGAAAGGUUGCCGGGGUUGUAUAUUUUGUAUUUCUCGUUGCAGGAAGUGUGGAAGAUGUAUUGAUGCAUUACAUGAUGAUUAUGAAGAAACAAUGCCAAUUUAUGAUUUGCUCUGUGCCGACUGUUCAUUGUGUUGUCAAAUACGAAGAGCUGUAGAACCUUGGCUUCUGCAUCCAUGAAAUGAUUAUGGAGCUACUCAUGCGCAUGCUAAUAAUGGGUGACACUUGAGUUGUACAUUAUUGAUCUCAAAAUAUAGUUGUUUUGACCAUUGCAUCGGAAGUGUCCAAGUUUUAAAGAAGAAAAGAAAAAACAGCCCUUGGCUUCGUGGUGUACAGAGUGUGUACAAAGAAAUACAAAGAAAUGAUGCCUCAAAUUUUUAGCUUAUGUUUCUAUUUAAUCAUUCUCUGGCACCUGUUGAAGAUGGCAGAGCUUGGUUUGUUAGAAUCAUAUGAUUGGUGAGAAGGGAAAACAGCCCCUUUUUAUUUUGGAAUUGUUAGGGAAUUCUGGCUUGGUGAUCGUGGCUCCAUGGUAUGCAUUGUAUUCUAGAUUUUGGGAUGCAUUCAGGAUAAAAUUAUUGAGCGGUAAAUGACAAUGUUCUAUGUGGUCUGGCUGUAUACAAGUUUUGCCAGUCUGUAUCUGAAAAAAAAAAGAAAAAAAGAAAAAAAAAAGAAAAAAUAGAAAAAAAAUAGAAAAAAAGGAAAAAAAACCUUGUACAGGUUCUUCAAUCAAACCAUACAGCCAGUCAAUAGAUCCUCCAUUUGGAUGUGUAUCAUAAAAUCAAAAUGUAAUACAUUUGUUUAUAUAUGUUUAUAUGUAUUAUAGAGAUGUAAAUGCAUUUAUUGUAUUUAGCAAAAAGAAGGUGUGUUUGUUUUUGCUCACGUCUGUAUUAUAGAAAUGUCCAUACAUUUGUACAUGUGGCGAAAAAUGUGGAUAUUCUGUUUAUUUAAGGCA